CGCGGGGUCUGCGGUUCGGAGCCCGUGGGCCCGCGGGGGCGUCCCUGGCUCGGUGUCCGCCGUGGAGACGAAGGCGGGCUGCCUCCUGGCGCCUUCCGCGCGGGCUGGGGACGAGCGUGGGGAGGAGGGCGCGGCCGGGACGGCGCCCGGAGUCGCUCUGGCCGCGGAAUUGAGUUCCUCGCCUCCGUCUCCUGUCAUUAGCCCGUGGAGAGCAGACAGACGCCAGUGGCAGGGAAACAAAGUAUCAGUUGUCUGCGCGGAUGAGGAGCAAGUGGGGCCUAGCAGCUGAGAGACCGUGCACUCCCAGCGCCAGGGCUCGGGGACUUUUCUUGUCUCGGAGUCCCCAGGGGACAGGGAUUGGCGCUUGAAACUCUACACCGCAAGCCCGCUCAUGCCCAAAUUUGGAGGUGGCGGUGCCCAGUCAUGCUGAGUCACUUUUCAUAGGAAGCAGUGUUGUGGGACCUCUCCCUUCGCAAAGGGGCUUGAGUGGUGCUGUGUGCCGGAGAAUAACUCCCCCCCAGUGAUACUCAGGUCUGGGGUCAGGCAAGGACGUGACUCCCCAGAUCUGCGUAUGCGCCAAGGUCAGGCGCCAACUACCUACCAUGGUUAGAGGCUGUGGCGUCCAAGGGCGGUGGGCUUCCAGCAAAUCGUGGUUAGGGUCCGAGGCUUGCAAGGGCCGUGAAUGAAGGUGAGGGGAAAGCCACGGCAGAUCGGGGUUUCAGUCCCCCCGUAACAGGUUCCUGUUUUUAAAAGGGAUCUAGGGCUUGUGGUGUCAUCUUUUGUAGCUUCUUCAUGCUGGCUAGGGGUGCUGGCACAGGCCUGGGGUCUGGCUGGAACCUGCUCGGGGGAGAUGGGUAAUAUCCCUAUGGUAACAUCACCUGCAGGUGAAACUUCUGGAGCCUGGAAGACACAAACUUUACUAAAAGGUUGGACAAGGUCCAAAUACAAGUAGCAGGACAACCGUGACCAAGGGUCCUAGAAAAGGGGAAAGAACCAUGUUAAGCUCUGGAUUGCAGCCUUUACUAUAUCCCAGAUAUCCUGUGACCUUGGGCCUUGACUGAACUUGCGUAGCUGUUUACCGUGGAGGGACUUGAACCCUCAGGUCUCCAAAAGGGAGAGCUCAUGAACAAGCACCAAGUCAUACAAAGCCAGAGCUAGAAAAUAACUACCAGUGAGGCAAACAACCCACACAGUCCCCAGGGGAUGACAGUCAACUGGCACAAUUGUAAUUGUCUGCAUUGCCUGUUUCUUCUGAAAUGAUCACUUUAAAUCCUCUAAAGCCUGAGUCUCCCAGUUAUAUUGUCCUGCCAAUUCUUACUGUUUGCAGGAUUUGUUAGUCUGUAUCCGGAGUAGGAGCUGGUUUCAUGUGAGAGUGGUGGGUCCAUGCUCCCUUUCCAGCGAUCUUGACUGCAGUGGUGGGUUGACAUUAAUACCUCAAAAGGUCCCUUCCAUUUUCCUUGCCAGGUCUGCUGUGUUCCAGGUGGUGAUAUGGGGCGAGACUUCAGGUUGUGGAAGAGUCUGCUAUGUCCUGUACCCGUAAAGAGAAUCAAGCACCCCGCCACAGGAUACAAAUAUUGUUCAAUAGCAAGCUAGCCUUGCUUGUGUAUGUUCUUAGUCUCCAGGGUGUUUUCAGGACUCAAGGUAUUUAAGCCCUCCCAGAAGUUACAGAGGAGAGGAUGCCCAUACAUAAGCUCAAAAGGGCUUAUCUUUAAGUUUGGUUUGAGGUGCAACCCUAAUCCUGAAUAGAGCCAAGGGAAGGGCCUUAACUCAUGUUGAUUAGGUCUUCUGGCAAAGUUUGGCCAGAUGGGCUUCAAUAGUCUGGUUCACUCUUUCUUCUUUUCCACUGGGCGGGGGUCUGCGGGCACUGCAAAGAUGCCACUUAAUCCCUAGUUGUCAAGCCACAAUCUGUGACCUGAGCAGACCACAGAGGGACUUGAACCCUUGAUGGAGCAGGUCACAGAAGGACUCAGACCCUUGAUAUUGUUCACUCCUGGUGGUUUGGGGAAGGCCACACCUGGGGAUGAUGUCAUCCAGCAGUCUUUUGGCAACUUCUGUGGCCUUGUCAGUUCUGCAGGGGAAUGCUUCGACCCAAUUGGAAAAGGUGUCUACAAACAUCAGGAGAUACCUGCAAUUAUGUGGAGCCUGGGGCAUCUCAGUGAAUCUGUCUCCCAGUCUUCUCCGUGAACAUAUUCUUGGUACUCAGUCCCCUCUGGUGCUGCUGAGAAGGUCUUGUUUUUCAGCCAGGCGACACAUUGUCCAGCACCAUCUCUGAAAAUAGCCUGUAUAUUUCUGGUUGAAGAGGUUUCUCUUUACCUAAUCACACCUAGUCAUACCACAUUGAGUGCCCUCGUGCGGGUACUUUAGGAUACGUCCCAUCCCUUGUAAAAAAAUUGUACAGAGUCUUUUUUCUGGAGCUGCCAUUGUCACUGUAACCACGGUCUUCUAUGGCUCGUGGCAAAGCUAGGGUGUGGAAAGAGGGCAGCCGCUAUUACUGGAGUCAUUGUUCUUGUCGCCCGCUUGGCCUUUGAGUUGGCACUUCGGUUGCCCUGGGCCUCUGCUGUAUCUUCUUGCUGAUGUCCCUUGCAGUAUACCGCAAGCAGAGCAGCAGGUAGAACACCGCCUCAAGGAGCUGAAAAAUCUGUUGGCCGUGUUUGAUUUCUUUACCGGCCGAAUUCAAAGGCCUCCUCUGCUUCCACAAAGCCCCAUAUCCAUGUGAAACAGAAUACGUACUUUGAGUCUGUGUAAAUGGUCAAAAAUGGUCAUCUGCUUGGACUUGGCCAGCUGCAGAGCCUGGAUGACUGCAACCAGCUUAGUUUUUUGGACCGAGGUUUCAUUUGGGAGAGCGUUUGCUUUCGAGGACGUUGGUGCGGCUGACGGCUGCGUAGCCAGCCCUUCGUUGGCCACCCUCUGUGCAGCUACCACGGAGGGACUGGAACCCUUGACGGGGCGACUACGGAGGGACUCCAACCUUCAGAUCACUUAUAGGGAGGUCUGGGCAGCUGGCAUAGGCCAGGUCCACCAUCUGGGUACAGGCAUGGUAGAUGGGGUAUCCCAUGGCAGAGUGGGAGAGGCAUGGCUGGAAAAAUGAGUAAAUUUUCCUCCACAUUCAUUGUAACCAGAGAUUCAGGUGGAGAUCCUGCCACCAGUCCACCCUAGUCAGAGUCUUCCUCCAGAGUGAGGGCUAACAUUUGAGUUACUCGUUGCCCGCUCUUUUUCUUGGGACAUUCUGUUCUCCAGUGGCCCUCCUUCUUACAAUAUGCACACUGGUUCUUUCCCAGUGCGGGCUGGGGUCAGGCCCCGCUAGGGCCCACAGGUUCUCUUCUCAGGGGGCCUAUCCUGUAUUGCUGCUGUUAUGGCAGUCUGGCACUUUCUGCCUUUGUCUUCCCUGUUGUUACAGGCCUUGAAUGUCACUAGACUAGGUAUCCUGGAUCCUGAUGAGUGUAUUGUCUAAAGCCUCUGUAAAUCUGUUCAAGGAAAGCUGAAGGAUCCUCACCUUGGCGACUGUAGUGGAACUCGAACCCACAACCUUUGAAUGCCUGUGUCUAGAAGUCCAAUGUACUAUCCUUUGCGCCAUGGAGCCAGGUAGCUCAUCUUUAUGCUGUUAAAUUUCACAUACCUUAAUGCAUUUUAAGGGUUCAGAUACUCCAUUUUUAAGGCCCACUAAGAGACAUUCCUGAUAACGGGUGAGCAUACCGUACUCUGCUGUGUGAUUGUGAUCCCAGUGGGGGUCUCGAAGGGGAAAGACAUCAUCAACUGCAACUCCAGUUGGCUGAGCGUCAUGUCAUCUCUGGGCUUCCUCUCGGGCCUUGUCUAGAACCAUCCACCUCUCCUCUGGGAAGAGGAGGGUGCUUAAGAGAGAUUGACAGUCAGCGCAUGUGGGAUCAAUAGAGUUAGAGAUGGUAGUAAACAGUUCAUACAUUUUCUUCAGGUUCUUGCAAUAUCCUGGGGUAUAAUUCUUCCAGUUAAUCUGAACCAGGCACCCGCCUGCUGCUUGAGUUUGGCGAUGGGGAUACUGGCCAGGGGCCGGCCCUCCCUGUUGGCUCUGUCCUGGCUCUCUGGCACCCUGGGCCACAUUGUCCCCCGAUAGGCUAUCCUGCCCCUUGUAUGGGGUGACGGCAAGGGAACAUCCCCUGGCCAUUUGGACAGCCCUGAUUUUCUGUUCCAUUCUCCACUCCUUCCCCUCAGCUCCAGGAAAUAAUGGUCGCCCAGAAGCGGGGCAGGAGUGUGCUUCUUGCUCCCUCUGGACAGCCGGCUCCUUCUUGCCCCAGCUGCCCCUCCUCCGCCUGGCACAAGUCCGGGAGGAGAGCCUCACACGCUGCUGGGAUUGAAAGGGUCAUCUGCCACUAGCACUGGUGGCAGUGUGGUGGACUUUUUCUUUUCUUAGAAUCAUAGCCGAAUUUAUCCCAGUUUUCCAGAAUACACCCUGAGGGUGAACACUCCGGAAUGCUUUUACUGUCACCCACCUUCUUACUCCUGUACACUUGAAUGAAGACAAAGAAUGCACUCAGACAAAAGGACAUCCCCUCAACCCAAAGGGGCGGCCACCAGAAGGACAUCCCCCUAAUGCAGAAGGGAUGCCCACCAGAAGUACGUCCCCUGAAACUUUUGCAGGGCAAGGCUUCCCAGCUUGGGACCAAGUCCUGUUCAGGUUCUUGCUUUCCACUGACCAAGAAUGACCAGGAGAGGCUCAGAGGUUCCACACAAACAAAGGUUUAGUAGUGACAGAAAAAAAAACAGGCUCAAGAGGGAGGGACGGAGAGGGGCUUCUGCCUAUGCUAGCCUCCAGUCUCUCUCCGAACGGAGGUUUUCCUGGAGUUUCUAAGGGGUUGUGGGUGGGGAGGAUCUCAUGUUUUAUUCAGUGCUUUUUGGGAAAAGGUGGGGCUUUCUGAGGAUUAGAGGGGUUAAGAUGUUAGGUGUAUGUGCAUCUGGAAUCCAAGGUGGAGUCAGUUUGGACAAUGUCACGUCACCACUGUGCAGUCUCAGUGGCCACAUGACAAGACGGUGAGGUCACACUCAUUCUCGCUGCGCGUGCCCCAGGGAUCGGCUGACGCUGUUCAUCUUUGGAAAGCAGCUUGUAGGGAAGAUACGUGGAACUUCAUGCGUCAGAGUCCAGGAUGUGGAUUAUCUUGUAACAGCACUCCUUAUGGUGGAGUCCUGAAAAACAGCUUACAAGAGGGAUACGCAGGAUGCCACCCCUAUGUGGGAUCCUGAAAAACAACUUGCGAGAGAUAUGUAUUUUUUUGUGCAUCACGGGCUGCAUAUGUCAGUUGUCUUGUAACAUUACCCACUGGGUAGAGUCUCCGAUCAUUAUUAUUAUCUGUUAUUCUGGUCUUGACGCUGUCCAGCCUUCUGUCCCUGCCUCAGAUCCAGAGGAAUGCCCACCAGAAGGACGUCCCCUGAACCCAGAGGGAUGCCCACCAGAAGGCAGGGGUAUAGUCCUAUCUACCAUGGACCACUCCGUAGACCUGCCAGGAUUUGAAUCUUCCCAAAAUAGCAAUUACCUGAUUAUUGACCACUACUAGGUUUUUGGUUACCACAAUUCCUAACCCAAGCCUACUGCCAAAGUUGAUAACUCUUGGGGUUACAGUUUACCUUGGGGUGGAAAGCCACCCUUCUCCACUUGGAGAAGAAAGAGAAGGAAAAUAAAGGAUAGAGAGCAGAAAGAGUAUUCCAAAAGACUGUUAUAGAUGGGGCGACCCCUGAGGAACUUAAUACCCUCAAGUUACCAAUAGGGUGACCAGAGAUGGACUCAGCGGGACUCCAACUCUCAGAGGGACUCUAGCCCUCAGGUUACCAAUGGGGCGAGGGACUCCAACUAGGCGAGGAUGGGUCCCAGGGGCCACAAUCCCUGCUUCCCUCUAUUUGUAAUGGGACUCGAACCCUCGGGGUCUGGCCUUAAGACUGCUUUUGCCACCCUCUUCUUGCCUAGUCUUGGGACUCAAACCCCCAAGACCAGUGGAACAACCUGGUUGAGUGCGCUUACCUUAAUUUAGGGGAGAGACUGGAACCCUCUCCUGUCCAGUAUCUGUUUCUGAGCAAGAGGUGUGGACCUGGUGGACCUUGUCCUGGAGUGGGGAUCACAGUGGCCACCCAAGACUCCUUACCAGUCGAACAAGAUUGGGGCACACCUUAAGGGCUUGCAGGGGUCUGAAUAUCACCACCCAGGUUUUGGAAUCUGCAGGUCCUGUUGGACUUGCCAGAAUUUGUAACCAAAUUCCUUGGGUUCUUAUCCUGUCCUGUCAGCCGAUUGAAAUAAGAUGGACGCCAAUUGCAAGGGAAACAGAAGGUGGCAAUUUAGUCUGUACUUUUUUUUUUUUUUAUUACAGACAAGGGGCAACAGGUUUAGCGGCCAAAAGACCAAACACUCCCUGUCUUAGGGAAUUGGGGACGUUUUAUGUCCUUAAGCCCAUAGGGGGCAGGGAUUGGCACUGGAAACCCUACACCCGGAGCUGUCCUGUGCCCAAAUUUGGAGAUCCGGGUGCUGAGUCAUCCUGAGUCAUCUUUAGGAAGUCUGCCUUGUGGGACUUCUCGCUUUGCGGAGGGGCUCGGGUGGCGCUGUGUGCCAGAGAAUAUCUUCUCCUCUGGUGAAGCUUAGGUUUCGGGUCAGGUAAGGAUGCGAUUCUCUAGACCUGCACAUGUGCAGAGAUCUGGCACCAAAUAUAAAUCAUGGUUGGAGGCUGCGGCUUGCAAGGGUGGUGGCUUAGAGCAAACUGUGAUUAGAGAUGGCAGCUUGCAAGGAUGGUGAACUGAAGGCGGGGUGAAGCUGCGGUGGAGCGGGGUGAAGCUGUGUUACAGUGGGGUUCAAUCAGGGUGCUGUUGGCAUUUGUUGGCGGAGGGUGCAGAGUGCAGUGGGCGGCCUUGCCCUGCACCUUGCUGGACCUGAGCAGCCCUGGCCUGGGGGGCACUAAGUGCCAGUAGCUCCCCCAGCUGUUUGGGAUAACCCCAAAACGCCCCCACGAAUGCCCACACGUUGGCAGCUGUCCUUAAGCACAGGCUUUAGAACUUCCUGGGUUUGAAUCUGGCUACCAAUAGUGAGUUUGAGUUUCCUGACUUGUAAACUUAUACUUCCUUUGCAGAGUGAUGGUUAGGAUUAGAAUAUCAUGAACAGAGCAUACUAUGGGGCUGAUACAUAGUAAAAAAAAAAAAAAAACAUAGUAGGUAUGUGUAUAUAUAUAUAUAACCCCCUCCCCAAAAAAACCCAAACCUGUUGCUGUCGAGUCAAUUCCGACUCAUAGCGACCCUGUAGGACAGAGUAGAACUGCCCCAUAGAGUUUCCAAGGAGCAGCUGGUGGAUUCGUUAGCAGCCGUAGCUCUCAGCCACUUCACCACCAGGGCUCCAUGUAUAUAUAUGUGUGUGUGUGUGUAUAUACACACACACACAUAUAUAUAUACGUACAUAUCUAGGUAUACAUUUUUAAAUUUACGUUAAUUUGUUAUAAUAAGUAUAACAAAUAUACAUUUGGGGUAACCUUAAUUUUGAUUAAUUGACCCACUUCUCGUACUGAAAUGUCGCUCUUUAUUUCUCUCUUUGUCUUCAGGUCUACUUUGUCAGAUACUAACGUAGCCAUGCCAAGUGUCCCAUGCCUGCCGUUUGAACGGAAUAUUUUUUUCCAUCCUUUUAUUUUCACACUUUCCUGUCUUUAUAUUUAAAAUAUGUCUCCUGCGGACAGUGUAUAGGUGGGUCUUGCUUUUUAAAAUCUGACCGUCUCUGCCUUGAAUUUGGAGUGUUCUGUCCAUUUAUACUUUUGUUAUUGGUAUGUCUGGCCUUGCCUUUGAUCUUUGUUUUGUUUAUUUCUAUCUCCUUUCCUAUCGCCUUUUGGGUUAUUGAGUUUUGUUUUUUUUUAGUAUUCCUUUAUUGGCUAUUUGUGAUGCCCUGAUGACACCGUGGUUAAGAGCUCGGCUGCUAACCAAAAGUGUCCCUGCGAGAGGCUCUGCCAAGACCUGCUUCUCCCCAGAGAGCCAUUCCAUCCCAGGAGCACUUCUCCUAAAGUGAAAGAACUUGCCAAGCCUGAUGAUGCCAGUUGACCUGGGGCAGCCCCUGGUCCUGCUGCCACCACUGGCAAAGGCUGAGGACCCCCCAUUCCCUGGGCCAGAUGCUGCCCCUCAAGGAGGUGUCUCCGGCCCUGAAACUGCCCGGCAGCUUUUUAGGCAGUUUCGGUACCAGGUGAUGUCUGGGCCCCAGGAGACCCUGAGACAGCUUCGGAAGCUGUGUUUCCAGUGGCUGCAGCCAGAGGUUCACACCAAGGAGCAGAUCCUGGAGCUCCUCAUGUUGGAGCAGUUCCUGACCAUCCUGCCCGGGGAGAUCCAGACGUGGGUGCGGAAACAGUGCCCAGGCAGCGGAGAGGAGGCAGUGACCCUGGUGGAGAGCUUGAAGGGAGACCCCCGGAGACUGUGGCAGUGGAUCAGCAUCCAAGUUCUAGGACAGGAAAUCUUCUCAGAGAAGACGGAAUCUCCAAGCUGCCAGGUGGGGGAGGCUGAGUCCCGUCAUGACGUGGUGCUUCAGGAGCUGGGACUUCAGAAUUCAGCCUCAGAGCCUGCUGAGCAACCAAACCACAUUGUGAAAGAGGAAUCUGACGCUGAGCAAGAGCUAGUGAUGGCUGCCUCCCAGCUUCUUGCCCGACCUGAGGAAAGACUUGUCAGAGACCAGGACCUUGGAGCCUCACUUCUCCAAGCAUCAUCUCAGGAGCAGUGGAGGCACCUGGAUUCUACUCAAAAGGAGUACUACUGGGAUCUCAUGCUAGAGGCCUAUGGGAAAAUGGUCUCAGAAGACAUUUCCAGCCCCAAACCUGACCGGGCUAAUUCAGCAGAGCAUGGGCAGGAGCGGGGAAGACUCCACCUUCAUGCCAGGGAGAAGAUCUCAAUGCAGGCUUGCACAGUGGGCUAUGAAAUCAUUUUACUGAGUUGCAGCCAGCAUUUUAAAAAAAUGAAAGAGAAGAUAGAAAAUAUCAGAUGCCUCAAAUACAGUAGGGGAGAUAGGCAGGAGAAUGACAAAGAAAAAGUGAACUUGGAAAAUUAUAGGGACCAGGGACCUCCAGAUGCCUCCUGUGACAUCUCUGGAGAGGUCAUUCCUCAGGCUUCUGUGAGUGGCUUCUUCAGUGAGGAUGAGCCAAGACACUUUGGAGGGCAGCAUCUCCCUGAGGCGCGGGGAAACCUCCAGGUAGAGGGGAGAGGGGAGCAGCCCUCUCCUCAGGAAAGGAGUUCUGGGAAACAGCCAGGCCAGCAUUUGCCAGAUCCUCACCCAGGAGGAGCACUGUCUGUGCUGUGGCUCGAGGAGAAGCCAGAGGCCCCCCAGAAAGAUCAGCUGAGACCCCCCAUGGCCCAGAAGCUCCCUACCUGCAGAGAGUGUGGGAAAACCUUUUACAGGCAUUCUCAGCUUGUGUUUCACCAGAGAACUCACACCGGAGAGACGUACUUUCAGUGCCACACCUGCAAAAAAGCCUUUCUGCGUAGUUCAGACUUCGUGAAACAUCAGAGAAUCCACACAGGAGAGAAGCCUUGUAAGUGCAGUCACUGUGGGAAAGGCUUCAGCGACUUGUCUGGAUUGCGCCACCACGAGAAAAUUCACACGGGAGAGAAACCCUAUAAAUGUUCCAUCUGUGAAAAAAGCUUCAUUCAGAGGUCAGACUUUAAUAGACAUCAGAGGGUCCACACGGGAGAGAAACCUUAUAAGUGCUCGCGAUGUGGGAAAAGAUUCAGUUGGAGCUCGAGCCUCGAUAAACAUCGAAAAUCCCACUUGGGGAAGAAGUCCUUUCAAUAGCAAGACUCUUUUAUCCCAUUUCUAUCUCUCAGUCCAAUUAAAAACACGUAGCUUUUUGAAUCAUCUGCAGGAAUUGCACCUCUUGUAUUCCUAGUCUAUUUUCAUGGAUUGGAGAAGGGAGAAGCUGUAGGUGGUUUUGAAGUUGGAGAAUAGAUUGGGCUCCUGGACUGGAUUUCAUGGCAGCUUAAUUUCUUGCUUCUGCAUCAGGAGAAAGAAUUGCCUUCAUCUGUCAGUUCAUCACCUUGCUUAGAGUCUUCUGUUGGACCCCUUGGGAAAAAAGUAUCAUUUGGAGAUUGAGCUUUAGAGGUGUCAUCUGAGAAGAAUUUAACAGAGCAGCUAUUCUUCAUGGGAAGAACUUCAGCCCUUUAGAGCUGGUCCAGAACAUAUCUUCCUGGUACAGAAGGGCAGGCAGACAAAGAGGACUGGAGUAUUCUUAUGUGUUCCUUGACAUACGGGUGAAAAAUGAACUUGAAGUGUCCUUGUUUUAAAUAAACUUAGUAGAGUCACUCCCCAUCUCAUUUGUGUCUGAAAUGUUCACGGUGUGUUGACUGUCACUCAACAUGCAUUUUCUCACGGAAGAUCCUAAAUGGUAGUUGAGCUCCUAGUUGAGCCCAUGCAGACCUAUCAAGUUUAGAAUAGAGCAGAACAGUGAUAUGACAGUGCUAACCUAAGCACUAGGUUGUGAGAGCUUGGCCAGUGCUAGGCACCGUGUUGUCUCAGAUUGGUCUGUCUUUGGUGUCCACUUGCUGGUGCCACUCGAGCUGCCUGUCUUUGUCGUGACAUUCAUUUAGAUGAUCAUUUGUGCCAAAGUGCUCUAUGCUUUGAAAUUACCUCAUUUUGUCUGAAGGUGUUAGGAAGAUAUCAGUCGAUAGCAUUGCCUAGAGGUUUAUUGACACAUAUCUAACCUGUACAAGUGACCUAGGCUUCCACAGACACAUGCUGAAAAGUCCUCUUUCUCGUGUAUAGUGAGACUUCCACCUCCCUUUCAUUCUGUCCUUUUUGUGCCUGGCUAUAUUGUACUCUUUUGGGUGAGAUCUGGAAGGAAGAUGCUAAUGAACAAGACAGAGCUAUCUUCCUGAAAACAGAUUAGUUUAUAGGCAGUAAACUCCAAUAAUUUGACCAACAAUGGGAAGUGAGUUAAUGGGAGAGGAGGGCCAAACUUGAAAUUAUUCGAGUCCCUGAGUUCCAGGAGUGUCUUAGUUAUCUGGUAGCACUGUAACAGAAAUGCCACAAGUUGAUGGCUUUAAGAAGCAAAUUCUCUCACAGGAUAGCAGUCUGAAUUCAGGGUGCCAACCACCAGGGAAGGCUUUCUCUGUUUAGGAGCUUCUCAGCACAGGGACCCUGGAUCCAAAGUAAGUGCUCUGCUCCUAGUGCUUCUUUCUUGGUGGCGUGAGGUCCCUAUAUCUCUGCUUGCUUCUCUCUCCUUUUAUCUCUUGUAAGAUAAAAGAUGAUGUAGGCCAUGCUCUGGGUAAAUCACAUGGUGGCGUAGUGGUUAAGUGCUACAGCUGCUAACCAAGAGGACGGCAGUUCGAAUCCUCCAGGUGCUCCUUGGAAGCUCUAUAGGGCAGGUCUACUCUGUUGUAUAGGGUCACUGUGAGCCGGAAUCGACUCGACAGCGGUGGGUUUUGGAAUCUUGCCUCAUUAACCACAGGCAGAGAUUAGGAUUUAAAACACAUAGGAAAUUUGUAUUAGAUCACAAAAUGUAGGACAGCCACACAAUACUGGAAAUCAUGGCUUAGCCAAAUUGACACACAUUUUUGGGGGGAACGCAAUUCAAUCCAUAACCAGGAGGAAUCUGUUAACUGAAAAUGAGGGAGAACACCCCAUGUAAGGGGGUGUAGGAACUCCCAGGCUAAAAGCAGGAAAAACAUGGAGGACUUGGCACUGGAUUCCGUAUUCUGCAUAACAAAGAUUUGUAGAUGCAGGAUUUGAUGCUUUAAAUCUGUUUCUCAAAGUGUGAUCCCUGGACCAGUGGCAUAUGCUUCUUGUUAGACUUACUGAACUAGAGACUUAGUGAAUCAGAAACUCAGAGGUGGGGCCCAGAAAUCUUUGUUUUGACAAGCUCUUCAGUGGACUCUGACACCUGCUUAAGUUUGAGAACCACUGCUGUGAAUAGUAUUUGAUUAAAAAAUAAGUGUGGGGACAUGAGGGCAUAAUGAUACUAAAAGGGAUACUGGGACAUCCCAGGUGUUUCUUACUAAGCAGACCUCCCCAUGGAGCUCUUUAUACCUCAUUAAAAUCGUGGAACCUUUUGGGCUUCAAGUGAAAAUUUGUUCCACGGAAGAAAAUUUAGAAAACAGGUUAGAAAGCUUUAGAGGAGGGAGCAGAGCCAACGUGGCACCCUAGACAGACAUACCAUGCUAUCCCUCUGCUGCAAAGACCUGAAAAACUAAGUAAAACAGAUACAGACAUCAAUCCUGGAACCCUAAGCAUCAAAUAAGGGAAUAAAGAACUAAACACCAAAUGGAAGAAGAAACUGAUGGAGAACAGAGAAAGAGGAGAGAUACAGAGUGGAGGUCUCCUGUCAACUAAUAUGGUACAGCAUGGCCGUCUUGAAACACAGCCAGCAAUGAGCCUGGACAGGAGUGUGGGAAGGCAACUUCAUGGAGCUCCCAAAAGGUGACAAGCACCUGGUAACCAGAGAAACAUGCUUUCCCACCCUUCACCCUUCUGGUGAGUAGAAGUAAGAACCUCCGCAUCCUGGCAGCCCCCACCUCCAUGGUCCACAAUGUGAGUUGCCCCCACCACCCCACCCCCUCCUGCUGUGCAGCUUUUUAUCGCUCUUCUCUAUCUCCCUCCCACCUAGCCCUUUACACCAUCUACUCCCCUUCCUGCUGUCCCCUGCCGUGUCUCUGUGGCUAGAAAGCCACUGGUCUGCUGCUGCCCUGGGUCUGAACUGCCCCCACCCAUUGGUUCCUACCAUGCUGCCAUUUUUUUUCUUUUGUUCCAUUCUCCUACCUAGCUCUGUAUGUCACUUCUCCUCACUUUCCACCGUCGCCUAGGUCCAGUCCACCUCCAAUCACCAUCCCCUUCUGUGCCACCAUUUUUAAUUUUAAUUAUUUUCUUUUUUUCUCCUUUUCUUUCUCCCACCCACUAAGCCCCAUACACCACAUUCCCCCUCUUGCCGUCAGCCCCCUUCAUGCUGCCUAUAGAUGAGCAAGCAGAAAAGCAUGCCUGGCCUGCCCACCCUGGCAUAUGAAAACAAAACAAAAAAGCAGGGUGAAACAAAUGAACAUACAAUUAGUAAAUAAAAUAAUACCUUAAUGUCUCAGAGACAGACGAUAAUAUCAAAAUAUACAGAAAAGCAGGACAGAUGGCUCCAGCAAGUGACCAAAAUAAAGAAUAAGAUAACCUUCCACUAGAAAAAAAAGCAGUGGAACUCUGUGAUAUGGAAUUAAAAAGAGGAAUAUUUAGGGCUCUUCAAGAUAUUAGGAAAGAGAUCAAGGAAACCAGACAAACCAAGUUAAAAAAAAAAAAAAAGCCCAAAUCAAUGAAAACACAGACAAAGCAAUAGAAGAAUUUGGGAAAAUACUACAAGAACAACAACUAGAAAUCCAAAAGAUAAAAUUUCAGAAGUGGACAACUCAAUAGAAGUUGUUUUAGGAGCAAAUUUGAAACAGUGGAAGACAGAAUCAGUGACAUUGAAGAUAAACCCAUGGGCGCCACUUUGAGGAAAAAUCAGAGAAAAGAAUGAAGAAAAAGAAUUAUGUGAGAUGCAAUCAGGUGUAAAAACUGGCUCAUGAUCGGAGUUCCAGAACAGAAGGAGAAAAUGGCAAACACAGGGAAGAUUGUUGAAGAUUUGCUGACAAAAAGAUGAAAAGCUUACCAUCCAUAUAGAAUAGACCCAAACGAAAAUCACCAAGACAUAAUCACACUUGUCAAAACCAAAGACAAAGAAUCCUGAGAACAUCUUGAGUAAAUUGAAAAGUCACAAGAGGGAAGCAAGACCAAUCUCAUUAUUUGGCAGAAACUAUGCAGGCAAGAAGGCAAUGAGAACACAUAUAUAAAAUCUUGAAAGGAAGAAACUACUAAGAAUAAUAUAUACUGCAAAAUUCUCUCUUAAAUACGAUGGCACAGUUAGAGUUAGGACAUUUCCAGGUAAACAGAAAUUAUGGAAAUUUGUAAAAACCAAACCAAGUAUAAGACAUAUUAAAGAAAAAAAAAAAAAGGAGCCCAUCAAUUAGAAAACCAACAACAUCAGACAACAAAAGUCUAGGACACAGGACAGUGUCAGAUACCAACGGAGGUAAAGAACUCUUAGUAAUAAAACAAAGCUAAAAGACUUAAAUCAGGGAAACAAAGGCAUCAAUAUGUGAAUGACAGCAAUAUCAAAAUAAUAAAAGGGGGAAUAAACUGUGGGUGUAGCACUUCCAAUGGAGAAGAUAUCAAGUAUUAAAAGACUUUCAAACUUAGGAAGAUAAGGGUCAAUUUCAUGGUAACCACAAAGAAAGUUAACAAACCUAGUCUUCAGAAUAAAAAAGAAAAACAUAAAAACACAGCAAACAUGAAAUAUAUAAUAAUGAAAGAAAAGAAAAUCCACAAGCAAAAGUAAUUCAGCACAGGAAAGUAAGAGGAACAAGAAAUUGGUACCCCCCCACACACAAAGCACAAUAUGCCAGCUACAAACUCAUACCUAUUAAUAAUCACACUGAAUAUAAAUGUCUUAAGUGCACCCGUAAAGAGACAGAGUGGCAGAAUGGAUUAAAAAACAAAAAAAACCCAAAAUCAAACAUGACACAUCAUAUGCUGGCUACAAGAGACAUGCCUCAGAUGCAAAGGCAUAAAUAUAUUAAAAAUCAAAGGAUGGAGAAAAUAACCUAAAAAGUACGACACUGGCAAUACUAAUCUCAGAUAAAAUAGACUAAGGCAAAAUCCACCAUAAAAGACAAGGAAGGACAUUAUAUAAUGAUUAAAGGGACAUUCCUCCGAGAAGGCAUAACUCUAAUAAAGACCUAUGCACCCAACAACAGGGCUCCAAAAAAAAAAAAAACUCUGAAAAGAUAGUUCCACAGUAAUAGUAGGAGACUCCCACACAUCAUCACCGUCAGUAAAGAACAGAACAUCUAGAAAGAUUCAAAAAAGAUAAAGAAGAGCUAAAGGCCCAAAUCAACCAACUUGACCUCAUAGACAUAUAUAUAAACACUCCACCCAUCAGCAGCAAAGUGUACAUUAUUUUCCAAUGCAUUUGGAACAUUUUCCAGAAUAAACCACAUUUUAGGCCACAAAGCAACCUUCAAUAAAAUCCAAAAUAUUGAAAUAAUGCAAAGCAUUCUCUCUAAGCACCAGGCCAUAAAGGAGGAAUCAAUAACAGGGAGAACAAGAAAAAAAUUAAAUACAUGGAAACUGAAGAACACCCUGCUUAAAAACAACUUGGUAAUAGAAAUUUAAAGAGAUAAUCAAUUCUUAGAAGCAAAUAAGAAUGAAAACGCAUCGUACCAAAACCUUUGGGACACAGCAAAGGCAGUGUUCAGAGGUCAAUUUAUAGCAAUAAACGUACUCAUCAAAAAAGAACGUGCCAAAAUAAAAAUGUUAGCCCUACAACGUGAACAAAGAGAACAGCAAAAGAAGGCCACGGGCACCAGAAGAAAGGAAAUAAUAAAAGAGUAGAAAUAAAUGAAAUAGAGAACAGAAAAGCAAUAGAAUCAACAGGAUCAAAAGUUGGUUCUUUGAAAAGAUUAACAAAAUUGACGAUUGGCUAAACUGACAAAAGAAAAACAGGAGAACUGACAUAAGAAAAACAGGAGAGGAAGCAAAUAAUAUAAAUAAGUGAGAUGGGGGACAUUACAACAGACCCAGCUGAAAUGAAAAGGAUCAUAACGGAAUACUAUGAAAAAUUGUACUCCAAAAAAUUUGAGAACCUACAGAAAAUGGGCAAGUUUCUAGAAACACCCUAACUACUUAACACAAACUGAGAUAGAAAAGCUGAACAGACCCAUAACAAGAGAUUGAAAGGGUAAUAAAAAAUUCUUCACACAAACACAAAAAGCCCUGGACCAGACAGCUUCACUGGAGAAUUCUACCAAACAUUCAAAGAGCUCACACCAGUACUACUAAAACUAUUUAGAGCAUAAAAAAGGAAGAAAUACUUCCAAAUUCAUUCUAUGAAGGCAGCAUAACCUUGAUACCAAAGCCUGGCAAAAGCACCACAGAAAAAAAAAUUACAGACCAAUAGCUUUCAUGAAUAUAGAUGUAAAAAUUCUCAAUGACAUUCUAGCCAAUACAAUUCAACAGCAUGUAAAAAAAAAAAAAUGUCCAAGUGGGAUUCAUACAAGGUAUGCAAG